AUGUGGAGCGUAGGAUGUGUUUUCGCUGAACUGGCAUCCAAAAAGAUUCUGUUCCAGGGCGAUUCGGAAAUAGAUCAAAUGGUUCUGUCAACUCCUACUGAAGAAAAAUGGAAAGGUGUAACUUCUCUACGUGAUUAUAAGCCAUCGUUUCCGUGGUGGCCGAAGAAUCGCAUAGAGGAAGUUCUUGGCGAUUACAUGGAUGCUGGAGGCCUCAAUAUUCUUAAGGCAAUGCUGGCAUACGAUCCAUCGCAGCGUAUUUCAGCGAAAAGACUUCUCAAACAUGAGUACUUCGAUGACGUUGAUCGAGGUCUUCUUCCGGCUGGCAAUUAUGAUGGUAGUACGUUGAUUCUUGGCUCGUAA